AUGGUUAGCGUGACGUCAGCGCUGACGUCAGCCAACUCGGGCUUCAGCCCGGGCAAGACUUGCCCUUGGGCUUGCUCGGGCACGUGGGACCCACCACCAAACCGGGCUACGGGCCCUGCGCUGGAGCUGUCUCGGGCUGCCUCUGGCAGCCUUUCCCCCUUAGCCUGGGCUGCGCUGGAGAUGCUCUUACAGAAUGUGGGGAUGGGGUCUAGGUCAGAGUUAGAAUGGGUUGGGUGGGGUUGGUGGUGGCUGUCUGUUUGUGGAGUGAGGUGA